AUGUCCGACUUCUAUCCCUCUAUCACGCCCGUCAAGGUACAGAACAUUCCUUCCAGGGAGACGCUCCUAGACGUCAUGGUUCCGAUCCUCCUCGAGAGUGAACAGUGGCAAGCCGGAAAGGAGUUUGAGGAGCCAGAGUGGAAGACAGCUAUCAAAACGUUCUCUAGACAUAAGACUGCCAAAGACGGAGCGAUGUGGCACGGCCGAGUGAGCGAACAUUCGGAGGAGACGACCGGCGGCUGGGAGGCCGUUUGGCAAGGGAUUGGCGUCAAUCACACUCUCCACGAGAAGGAAUAUUAUCACGAACUCGAGAAAGCCGAGUUGGUCAAAGCCUUCAACGAGCAUCAGGAGAUUUGGACGGUCUAUUACCACCUCCGACCACCAGCAUCGAACCGCGUCUUUACCGAGCUCAUUACGACGCAUGUCUCCACUGACGAAGCUACUGGGCUUCGGACAGGCUACGUGAUGUCGAUUCCAGUCGACAUAUCCUCUGAUCCUGAGCUGCGCCAAAAAGAAUUCUCAGGAACAAAGGGAGCCUACUCGGCCAUUGAACGCGUUAAGGAGCUUCCAGAUGGAGGUGUGAACUGGAGGUACACUUUUUCGUCGACAAGAGAUCCUCACAUUGACGCGUUUAAGGAUGAUUACGACCUCUACACCAGGUAA